AUGGAAGCCGCAUCUCGCCUCGCCUUGAUGGCCAUCGUCACCCGGGCAGGAAGCCCGCAACAGCAGCUACGGCAACAUCUACAGCAGCAGCGCGUGCCAAAGCAGCAUCAACAGCAGCAACGAGACGAAAAGGCGGCGUGGAAACAUCUUCACCAUCCGCUGGUAACAGUCGUCGAGUAUGACGUUGAAGCGCAGGCGGGUCUGGGUGCAAGAGAAGCAGCAGCAGCAGCAGGGGAGGGGAAGAGAAUGUUGGGGAACCUGGGCCACCACCACUACCACCACCAGCAGCGUUCCUCGGGACGGGGACGUCGGGGGAGCGCGGGGAGUUCGAGCUCGCGGUCGAGUGACGGGGAGAACGGUGCGAUGGCUGCGCGAGGUGGAUUGGAGGCCGUUGCGUGGUGGAUUCUGAUGGGGUUGGAGUUGUGUGUCGUUGGCGGCGUUGAGGGCUGGAUCAUUUACAUGGUCUACAAUGCCGGCGGUGAUUUUGCGAUUUGGAACUGGUUAUCCCAGUUCGCGUCGCCUGCCCUGAUGAUCCUCCUCAGCGUCUCCCUCUCGGCGGCCCUGCUACGCGGGGUCGGCUGUCUGAACAGGCUUGGGGAUUUGGGGUUCCAGGCGGCCGGUCUGGUGCUGGCCACGUUUUGCGCCGUCGUAGUGUGCGCUGGUGUGAGUGGUGUUGAGGAGGGGCAGGGGGAUAACGGCGACAGGUUGGAGAAGAAGGGGGUGCGGGUCGUCGUCGGGUUGGCUGUCAAGAUGUGGUUCCUCUUCUUCAUUGGCUUCCUGUGUGCCGUGUUCCAGUGGUACAGCGAAGACCGGCAGAGGACAACAACAUCUACGACGAACCAGACGCCGCUACUACCAAAGAAGGGGAAGAAGAAGGAGAGGGGCUACGGCACUACCACGGGCGGAUUGGCGACCGUCGACGAGACGGUUGAGGGGUUUGUGAGCGACCUAUGA